AACCGGCACGUGUUCCUGGACUGGGAGGUGUCCUACGCCGUGCGGUCGCCGCUGGGCGUGGCCAGGAGGGUGAUCACCAUCGACGGCCGGCUCCCCGGGCCGCUGCUGAACCUCACAACCAACGAUGUUGCCCACAUCAACGUCGUCAACACCCUCGACGAGCCGUUCCUCCUUACAUGGUGCUUUUUGUCACCCAGACCUGCAAUGCAAGUUUAUGUUGAUUAAUUAAUUUACCUCCUGCAGGCACUGAUCGGUGAUGAGAUCCUCUGUGUGUGUGUGUGUGUGUGCCGCGCAGGAAUGGUCUCCAGAUGAGGCGGAAUUCGUGGAACGACGGCGUGGCGGGGACCAACUGCGCGAUCCCGCCGGGGGAGAACUGGACGUACGUCUUCCAGGCCAAGGACGAGGUCGGCAGCUUCUUCUACCGCCCCUCGCUGGGGCUGCACGCCGCUGCCGGGGGCCACGGCCCCAUCCGCGUCAACAGCCGGCCGGUCAUCGCCGUGCCGUUCGCCCAGCCCGACGGCGAGUUCGACGUGCUCAUAGGGGAUUGGUACAACAUGGACGUCAAGGAGAUGAGAGGAUACCUGGACAGAGGCCGUGAUCUGCCGUCGCCAGAUGGAAUUCUCAUCAAUGGCUUGGGCCCUUAUGCAGCCGAUUUCACGUUUAAGCCAGGGCGCACGUACCGUCUGCGCGUGUCGAACGUGGGCACGAGGACGUCGCUGAGCUUCCGGAUCCAGGGCCACAAGCUGCUGCUGGUGGAGGCGGAGGGCACCUACACGCUGCAGAAGCACUACGCCUCGCUGGACGUGCACCCCGGCCAGUCGCUCUCGGUGCUCGUCGCCGCCGAUCAGACGCCCAGGCCUUCCUACUACAUGGUCGUCAGCUCGCUCUUCGUCGAGCCCAAGCUGUUCGGCGUCGCCAACGUCCUCUACGCGGGCUCCGGCGGCCCGCAGCCGCCCGGCGCCGCGCCUCUGGAGGACCUGUCGUCGCACAACGGCUACAACCGGUCCAUGGAGCAGGCGCGCACCGUGAGGAUGAACCUGACCUGCGGCGCGGCGCGGCCCAACCAGCAGGGCUCGUUCCGCUAUGGGCUCAUCACCGUGUCCCGCACGCUCCUGCUCCGGAACGGCGAGGCCGAGAUCGGCGGCCGGCGGAGGUGCACGGUGAACAGCGUCUCCUUUGCCGGCGCGGCCACGCCGCUGAAGCUCGCCGACCACUUCGACGUGGCCGGCGUCUUCACGGUCGUCCCCGGCAGGCCCGAGAAGAGGCGGCCCUCGCUCGGCACGGCCGUCAUCGACGCUCGGUACAGGGACUUCGUGCAGAUCGUGUUCGAGAACAGGUUGCCGUCGCUGCAGACGUGGCACCUCGACGGCUACAGCUUCUUCGUCGCCGGGAUGGGUUGGGGCAAGUGGAGCCCGGACGCAAGAUCAACGUACAAUCUGGUCGAUGCCAUUUACCGUUCUACUGUCCAGGUGUACCCGUCAGCAUGGACGGCCGUGUUGGUGUCUCUGGACAACGAGGGGAUGUGGAACCUGAGGUCGCAGAGCCUGGACAGGAGGUACUUGGGCCAGGAGAUUUACAUGAGAGUGAGCCAGGGCAGCUCAGAAGUCCCUGACCCUAGGGAUGAACUGCCAAUGCCUCCAAAUGCUCUCUUAUGUGGAAAAGCAAAGUCUUGGAAGAUACGGCGAGCAUGAGAGGCUGGGACCUGCCUACCAAGCCAACAUGCGGCUUUUUUAGAAUUUGGGCACAAAUGAUGUCCUAUUUGUAUGUAAUAAGUAAUAGAGAAAUAUUUGGCAGGCUACUUCAAAAUUUCAC